CAUUUUUGCAGGUAGAGGUCGCCGUCGCCAAAACAUGUUUUCCCAGCUCCUGAUGUUCGGUCUAAUUGCUGCAGCCUUUAUAGUUAUACCGAUGGGAUUUCAAUUCCUCGCCAUCCUAGGAGGCAAAGCCUUACUGUUGGCCAAGAUGGCGUUGCUGCUCACUUCCAUACAGGGUUUGAAGAAAAUCGCGACGAGCAACUUUAAUUACGGAUUGUAUUCGACCCACGGGCAACAUCAGCCAUGUAAGACGUUUGAUAUUCCCGGGCUACUAGACGUAUUUUUGUCUUUUGAUGUAGAGAGCUUGAGAGGUGGUGGUUAUGGCUAUUUUGAUGGGCGAGUUUUUUGUUUAGGGCAAUACGACAGACAGUGGCCUUUUGACAACGUCGAAGGACAAAGAGGACCAAACAGUUACGAAGGAUACGAUUAUUUACAUCCCAGGAUCGAUAUUGUUAAAGAAUAAGCGGAUUAUUUCGAGGAAAAUCUUGUGUUCGUAAUGGAUGUACGAAUCCUGAGUAUUGUGAUUCUUUGGAUUUAAAAAACUUUGGAGGUGUAUUGUAACGUUUUACUGUUUUAUCCUCCGAGAUUUUCAUUUUAUAGUAACAUUUUUAAAUAUUAG